UUAAAAAAUUAUAAAAAUAUUUGUGUUAUGAAGAUUUUAAAUUUUUAAAUAUUAAUAUAUAUUUUUCUUUCAAUUUGUGAGGUAAUAAAGAUAUUGUGUAUUUGUUAUAAAAUGAUUGGAAUUUAUUGUGUUUAAAAAGGGGAUAAAUUGAAAAAUAUAUUUAAUUUAGUGUUGAGAUUUUAAAAUAAAAAAAUUAAGUGAAUAUUUUUUAUGAAUGGAACAAGGAUCAUCAAGCCGGAAGUUACUUGUGGAUUGAGACAAUAGCAUGUUAGUUGUUGGUAUGAAACGAUUAUGCAGAGUUGGACUUGCUGCAGUCCUUGCGACGGCACUUUGCGUACUUACGCUUGUUGACAUGCCAUUGCAGCUACCUGAAUCACAAACAGAUUCUCCUCCCACGUCUGGUAUUGAGCCUCCAGGCACAAGAAGUAUCGUAGCAUAUUCAUGGGCACGUAGAUUGGCACUGGAUUAUCGUCCCUCACAUGAAUGUACAUAUAAUGGAUCAAUAUCAGAAUCAUCAACAAAUAAAUUGAAUAUUGUACAUGAAAGUUGGACCGAAACAAUAUCAAAUAAUUUAUUUCUAUACAGUGGUUACUUGGAUAUCAGAGUUACUGGUUAUCCAAGUGUCAGAGUGAUUGGCGUUAAACGAGAACCCAUGACAUCGGGAAUUCUUUUUUGCACUAUUUGGCAAAAAGAUCAUGAUGGAAUACAUUCUUAUAGUAUGGAAGCAAUAAUAUCAGAUAUUUGGUUGGAUGAAUGGACAACAACAUCAAUUGGUUACACUGGUAUACUUAUAACUUGUCCACUUCCAGAUCAUGCAUCACAUCCAUCACAUGUAUAUAUUGGUACAACAUCAUGCUAUAAAAAUCCUAGUCAUAGUUUAAUAGUCAAACAACCCCUGAAUAUACAAAAUAAAAUUGAUUUUACCCUAUGUGUAAAAGGUCUUGAUUUUGAUAAAGAUAUUAGUCAAAAAAUCAUAGCAUUUAUUGAGCUAUCACGUAUACUUGGUGCUGGUAUGAUUUAUAUUUAUGUAUUUAAUAUUCAUAAUAAUGUUAAAAAAGUAUUAAAUUAUUAUGAAAAAACAAAUAUUAUUAAAUGGUUUAAUAUUAAUUUACCUGGUAAUUUACCUAAUGAUAAAAUUAAUAGAAGAAAAUUAUUUAAUAAAAAUAUAUGGAUUAAAAGAAGAAUGGAAUUAAUACCAUAUAAUCAUUGUUUUUAUGAUAAUAUUUAUCAAUCAAAUUAUAUUAUACCAAUUGAUAUUGAUGAAAUGAUUAUACCAAUUGGUACUAUUAAUUGGUCACAACUUAUUAUUAAUGAAAAAAAAAAAUUAGGUAAAUCAUUCAAUGAUUAUGCAUCAUAUGCUGUGAGAAAUGUAUUUUUUUUUCCAGAAUUAAAAAAAAUAACUAAUAAUAAUAAUAAUAGUAGUAGUAAUAACAAUAAUAAUAAUACAAAUAAAUUUAAAAGUGAUGAUGACGUUGCUAUUGUUGCUGAUAAUAAUAACAAUAAUAAUAAUGAUAAUAGUAUUGAUGAGGAAAAGAAUGAUGAUGAUGAUGAUAAUAUUGAAUAUCUCAAUUAUCUUGAAAUUUUAAGAACAUCCAUUGUAUCACCUGAAGGUGAUUCAGUUAAAAGUUUUAUUUCAACUAAACGCACACUCACUGUUCACAAUCACUAUGCACUUAUGACUUUAAAUCCAUCAACAAGACGCGCACAUCAUUUUGAUCCUGGUGAUGUAUUAAAGCAUCAUUAUAGAAAGUGCGAUGGUGAACAUUUUGAUUGUAAUCUUAUGAUGAAUGAUGUUACAAUUGAUGAGUCAAUAUUACGAUAUGCUGAAAUACUUAAAACAAGAGUCAAAAAUGCCUUAUUUAAUAUUAAUGCUUUAAUAGAUUAAUUUUAUUGUAAAUAAAAAAAUAUGUAUUUAAAUUAUUUUUAAUUAUUUUUUCAAUUAUUUAUCUAUUUUAUUAUUAUUUUCAUUAUAAAUAAAUUAAUAAUAAUAUGCAUUAUGACAAUGCCUUGAUGAAGAUUUCAACAAGUGCAUUGCAAUGGAAUGCUGAGAUAUUUUAUAAUGAAACAAUUACAAAUUGCAUGAUGCUUGUUGUUAGAUGCUAGAUUUAAUUGUAUUAAAAUUGUAAUAUAUACAUCAAAAAAAAAUUAUAUAAAAUCAA